AGAAGGGAACACCACCAUCCCGACUAAACUGAAACUUCCGGACCAAACUGGAUCGCGGUGCAGUAUGGAGCAGUUAGAGCGAGAGAUUCGCAAGGAGAUAGACGAGAUGAACACUAGCGUGUCGCUGGUGGAUCGGCUCGAGGCAGGCGACACCAUGGACGACGAUCGGCGUGACGAGCUACUAUCCUCCACACGGGCCGUCUUCGAGAACGUUAACCCGAACAACGUGAAGAACAGUCUCACCGACUCACAGAUAUCGAUCAUCUCCAAACACGACGGGUAUCCGGAUUCGGGCCAUUUUUACAGUACUCCGUUGGCCGGUGGUAAAGAUUCGACAGCGACUGCUGGUGCCGAUCAGUCGUUAAAGGCGUCCGAAACAUCACCACCAACGAACGGUACGAAUCAAACUGAGCUGGGCAAGGUUGGAAGUGAUGGUAAUGCGAAGUCACAACCGGAAGUGACUGGACGUACCGGUGGACGUGCCGGUAGCAAACUGGACAAGCAAACCAAAUGCAGACAGAGCCAGCGAGAGCACAAAGACGCCAAUCUGUCACAGCUGGACGCAUCUACCAAAAAUCCACCCCAACCCAGUGCCUCCCUGGCAAAUCUGCUCUACUCACCUGGGUGCGGUGUACCAAAGCGCAAACGGCUUCCGUCGACGGUGAUUCUGGGGCUGAUACAGCUGCUACUGAGCGUUACGUUGGCAGCGCUCGGUGGGCUCGUCAUUGCCCGGAAUGCUUCGCUAGCGAUGGCCGGUACGGGUUUGUGGUGCGGUGCUAUUGCAGGCAUUGCCGGUUCGCUUGGUUUGAUGAACGUGAAGAUGGCGAAAACAGGCUUUCUGGCGGUGAACCUGAUCUGCGUUGCGUCUAGCACACUCGGACUAGCACUUACCGGUAUUGGGGCAGUUCGGGACGCAAAUCUGGCCCAACAGGAUGAGCUUAUCUGGGGUGCAGUCACAGCCGGAACAGGGCUGCUGGUGGCGCUAGCGGUACACUUCCUAAUCAGCGUCUUUUCCGUGUACUACUCGGCGCUCAAACUCUGCUCAAGACCGACGCAAAAGCUACAGAUGAUCGAUAAUGUGAUGCAUAGCAACUCGCAAGCGUUCAUGACGCAGCAGAAGGUGGAAGAUUACAUCAACUCGCUGCACGUGGAACCAGGAGUUAAGGAUAUGAUGUAUCAGACCAUGAUGAAGCGCAGCUACGGAUCGAUGUACGGCGAGAAGCAUCGUGGAGAUAACUACAGCACUGGCACCUCACAGCGCGUAAUGCUUGUACCGGCGGGAGCAGGCAAUGGGCUCCCUCCAAUGAUGCCGAUGUACCCGCCGGUUCAAACAUCACCGGGUAACUCGCCCAUGAUGUACCCACCGAACCUGAUGCCACCCGGUGUGCCGCAACAGUACCAACCGUACCCGGAGAGUGCCCUGAUGGAGGCCCAAAUUAGUCGCGCCAACCGCAAACGGUCAACGAUGCGCAUGAACAACGAACGGAACAGUGCGGAGAUGGAGCGACCCCGGCGAAAGUCGGACUCCGAUCUGGAGAAAACGUUCACCUACACCGGGCUGGACCGGGACAUUGCGGACAGCUAUCUGGCAAAGGAGGAGGAAAAGCUAACCGGCAGUAUCGUCAGCAACAGUGGGAUGCAGGUGACGCCACCCCACACGUACCAUCACGAUCUGAUGCUGAUCGAUCAUCGUACACAUUUCGAGCGAUACAACGAUAUUCACAUGUGAGUGC